AUGAAUCACUACGAAAUAUUAGGUAUUGAAGUCAAUGCUGAUUACAAAGAUAUAAAGAAGGCAUUCAGUUCAAAAGUAUUGUUGUAUCAUCCUGAUAAACUGGUUUUAUCGGAACAACAACAUGACGUUGUUGAUAUAGAUAUGUUUCAAAAGAUUCAACAGGCAUGGGAAUGCCUAAGAGAUCCAGAGAACAGAUCAAAAUACGAUGCCUAUCUACUAGAAAAUCAAAGACAAAAGUAUUCGAUUUCAGAUGAAGUCGAUCUCGAUGAUAUGGAAUACAACGAAGAUCUAUCGCAAUUUUCAUACCCAUGCAGAUGUAAUGGACAAUACACAAUCGACGAAAGUCAACUUGAGAAUGGUGAAGAGAUUGCAUCCUGUCAAAACUGUUCUCUGACUAUCAAAGUUUUAUAUGACGCAAUCCAACCAUAA